UAUAAAAGCCGCAGCCCGCGCCGCAUCAGAUCAUUCUAGCUAGCGACUGCCUUAGCGAUAGGUACACCUCUGUCCUUUGGCUAGUCUCAAGUCUCGGUCGGGAGUUCGAUAGCCACUUGCAGUCUUCUCCCUGACCUCCCUAGGUUUAGCUAGUGCCUUGGCGAUAGGUUCCCGACUGUCCCUUGGCAAUUUGCAUCGGUAACAGGCGUGCUCAACCUUGCCGUCGGUUAUUCGAUUUUAAGUUAGUUAGGAAGUAACCAGUUUUGUAUGAACCCAUAAAUGUAUGCACCUAUAUGUAUAAGUUUUCAUAGUCAAUAAAAGUAUCGUUGACAUUGGCGUUUGAGUGAAACUCCCAUCUAUCCUACAAUUGGCGCCCAACGAAAUAACUACCCACUCUAUUGGAAGAUUAAGUUGCAUCUACCCGACAUUUUUUUCUCUAAGUACCCUACGUAAAGUACAUAUAAAAUGGCGGAAGGAGAUACAAAUAAGGAGGUAGACGGCGAAACAUCUACAAAGAAGGCAGUUUCAAAUCAAUCAAAGGGUAAAAAGGCUGAGGAAUCACAAUCAGUGCCUUCGAUACAUAUGACGGAAGAUCAGUUUACGGAGUUAUUAAGACGUCUUCCUACGAUGUCUGCGAAGAGUUUUGUUAAAUGUACGAUCCAAUUCCAAGGCGAACAUGACCGCAGCAAAGUGGAAGAGUUCAUUAAUGGGGUCAAGUUGUACAAGGAAAUGGAGAAGAUAAGUGACGACGAUGCCUUGACGGGUCUGCCAUUGUUGCUGAAGGGUAAAGCAAGUGAUUGGUGGCUUGGGGUACGUGCCGAGAUCAAGACUUGGGCAGCAGCGCUUAAAGCUAUCUCCGCCGCGUUUUCACCACAAAAGCAACCUCACGACAUCUAUAUGGAUAUAUUUGCGACACCCCAAGGGAAGGACGAGGGUAUAGAUGAUUUCCUAUGCCGGAAGCGCCUCCUACUCGGCGCAUUGCCACCCAAGAGACAUAAGGAAGAGGAGCAGAUCGACCUUAUUUACGGUUUGUUAAAAUUGGAACUCAGGAAGCGGAUAGCUCGCUCUGACAUAAAAACGUUUGCCGAGUUAACAGAGAAAGCUCGCCACCAAGAAGCUUUGAGGAAGUUCAAGCCGACGAGCACUUCUACUGACAAAGUGGACAAACCAGGUACAUCAGCUGCCUCACAACCUACACGUACGUUCACAAAGACUAACCUUACCAGAUGUUUAUUCUGUGCUAAGAAGGGACAUACUUUAGAAGUGUGCCGCAAGCGCCUGGCAAAACUUAAGAGCAAUGGUACCGAGGAGAGUGACGUUGCUAAGCCGGCAGUGACUUGCUAUGGAUGUGGUGCGCUUGGAGUAUUCAGAAGCAAGUGUUCAACGUGCAACAGCAAAGAAACUCCACCGAAAGAGGUAGCAUUCUACACAAUAGAAAUUACGAGGGAAGAUCAGGUCAAGUUACCUACUAUUGAAGUAAAAGUUCUGGGCGAAAUGGGCUAUGCGUAUAUGGACACUGCUGCGCGUACAAGUGUAGCUGGAGAACAUUUGUACAAACUAAUGAGGGACAAAGGCGUACAAUUUUGUUCCCAGGUAGCCAUAAUAAGGUUGGCAGACGGUACUGUCAAAAUGAGGCAAAUUCUAACUGUGACUACUGAAAUACUGCUCGGGAACAGGGUAAAACCAAUUACCUUUACAAUAAUGCCAGAUGCCAUUGAAAAUCGCACCUUAUUGGGUAUUGACUUCCUAGAAAAGGCAGGCAUAGUAUUGAGCCCACCUCAGAGAGCUUGGAAUUUCAUAGAUAAGCCUGCAGAAGCUUUCCCAUUCCUGCAGUUAAUGAACCACAUACAGAUUCCUUUGUCGAAGGAUGCGAAGCAACUAACCUUCACUGAACCAGCCAAUGAAAAGGAGCCGCUGCCCGUUCUGUUGAAGGCUGCGAAGCAACUUACCUUCACCGAACCGGCCAAUGUAAACGAGCCGCUGCCCGAUUUCCUCUCUUGGGCACGCGAGUUGAAGUUAUUAUCUCCAUUACCGGCUACGCCAUCACCGCAGCGUGACACCGAGGCCGACGUGUCACCGCCGAAGAUACCGCGUUGGCAACUGAUCAAAAUGCCAACCCCGCCGCGUCCAGUUCGACCACGUGAACCGGCGGACAACGAGUCUCAAGUCUCGGUCGGGAGUUCGAUAGCCACUUGCAGUCUUCUCCCUGACCUCCCUAGACUUAGCUAG